ACAACAAAAUGUGGAAAAAGUCAAGGGGUGUGAUUACUUUCUGAAGACACUGUACAUGUAUGGCUCAGUGCCCACAACAGCAUGUCCCCUUGUGAUUAGUACUGACAAAGGUGGUCUAUGGCUUUGCCUCUUCCUCUUUGGUACUGAUAAAAUGAUUGCGUCAAUCUUCUCUCAUCUUUGAAUAAUCCUAAUUGUCAUGUCAACAAUAAGGGGAAGUUUAGCGUUCCCCUGGGAAAAUUCCCUUUAUCCUGAUACACAAGCACUACCAUACCCACUGCCCCACCCACAUCUCUGGUUACCUGUUAUAAAACAAACAGCCUUUGGUUUCAUACUUCAAUCAAUUAUGUUUCUCAGUCAACCAUAAUUAUGUUCUACUGUGGCAGACACAAAUAGGCCUACAGUACUUUUUUAUAUUUUUUCCCUAUGAAACCAGACCAACAGCUUGUUAUGGGCCUGUUAUGAGUGGAUUAGCAAUCACGUUUAUCUAGAGCCCCUUCCAGGAGGCAUGGUUGGGGAAUUUGAUUAUGUAAACGUUGAAUGAAACAACCAGGUAGAUCAGUUGUUAUUAAGGAAUAUACCAAACAUUCCCCCACACUUUGAAAAUGUUCCCGACCUGGGAAAGUUUUGGGGAAUUCAAAACAGUUGAUUCAUACCAUCACCCAGAUAGGCAAGUGCUGCAAAAUGCUAAUUUGUUCAGACUAUAACCUCCAGCAUGUUUACCUUAAAAUGUAUUGUUUCCUGUCAUCAGUUAGUCCAUUUAACAGAUCAGUUGGUCUAUUAACAGGAUUCUCAUAAAAAAGUCUUCACAAUGAGUGUAUUGUUCAACAUGUAAUGGUAUAUAGGUGUGCAGGACAAUACAAUGCGGCCACAGAAACUGAAAGCAACACUGACUGUGGUGUCUCCAAUCAGAAAAUGGGAAAUUUCCCUGCUCCAGCACCACUCUAUAUAGUUUGGUAAACGGACAAUUGUAUGGAUAUUGGUGGUUGGUUGACAAACUGUGACUUACAGUAUUCCUCAUUUGGACUACUGCACAUGUACUUGCUACAUCCUCUCAAGAUAUUCCAUCAUCAUAUCCACCUACUUGGAUUCUGACGAAGGACCAGUUGAGUUCAGCAGUGGUCCCUUUUGUGGCAAUCAGUGUGUCAGGCAAUCAAACCCAGAAGAAAACCAUGAAGAAAUUCAACUUCAUGAGCAGAAAGAGUAGGCCAUUGGGGAUAGAGGACGGGAGUCCUCUGAUUAAGAACAGUACACUGCCUACAGAUGGUGAGGUCCAGAUUAUUAUUAUUAUUAUGGUCUAUCUAUUGUUUGUCUUGAGUUUUAGUCAUUCGUCAUGUUUGUUCCAUAAGCAAGAAGAUAUGUCUAAAUUUGUUGGGAUAAAUUUGUUAUUUUAAUGUAAUAAUAGCAUGACCAAAACAAACAGUAUUCAAUUUAUAAUGAAUGAACUAAGAAUACAUGAAUGGUUUUAUAAUGGUAUUUUGCAUAUUGUUUUUAGCAGUGUACUCAUUCAAAUGCAUUGCAUUAUUGGUAUAUUCACAGAAGAGGAACAAACUGGGAAUGUGGGGUAUGGGAAUCCCUACUUGGAGAAUGGCUUUAACAAUCAUCAGGAGUUGGGCAAUCAGGGGGGUCAGGAGAAGGGACAGUCAUUGCUCAGUGUACUUGCAGAAGCUUUGAGGGUCAGCCAUGUUGGCCCUCAAGAGAGACUUGAAGCUAAUUUGGAGGGGCCACCAGAAGAGAUUAUGUGCCAUGAGGCUCAGAAGAAGGACGAUACACAUCCAGAAGUCUUGCUCCAGAGGUACUUUCAUCUUAUUGAAGCGUCUGUGGACAAACACUUCCCCAAACUGCCAGCAGGGAACACUGUGAAUCAGCUGGAGGGCUACCUGAUAAAAGUGCAAAUAACUGUGCAAGGGGAGCUUCUGAGGUUGGCACCCCUGCUCAAAGAGGCUCAGUUGCGGAAGCAUUUGAUUGCUUGCUAUCAUCAGCGUAUGUUUGACUGUCUACAGCAGAUCCUUCAGCAUGUCAACACAAAAAAAGAGGCCUUCACAGUUCUUGACUGGGUACUACGCACAUACUUGAGGUACUCUGACCCACCUGCACUCUCACUCUCUCUCUCUCUCUCUCUCUCUCUCUCUCUCUCAUUCACUCUCACUAUGAUGGUGUAGUACUGAUUCUGAUACUAAAGGAGUAAUGGCAUACCUUUUCUGGGUUGUUUUUCUAGUGAGGAGCUGCUAGGACACCCCAACAUCUGGGAUGAGGCUCUACAUGCAGUUGACCUUCUCCUUCUGACAGACUGGAUCCCACAAGCUGAGAAGAAACUCUUGGCCACUGUGCAGGAGGACAUCUCCACAUCACUGAGGAGGAUCCUUCAGAACGAGGAGUCAGGUAGAGAGGUGUGUGUCUCUGGAGAGGAGGCCUUUAUCAAACUGCAUCUGGAUGUCAUCCAGUGCAUCAAUGCUGUUCUCCAGAAAGCAAAGAUGAUGAGCCAAACUCUGAUGCGCAAGGUCCAAAUAGUCUGUUGGCAAGAGCUACAGGACUUUGUGGAAAGGUAUGUCAAUGUUGAAAAGAAGCACCUUCAGAAACAAGCAGGAAUGGGAACGUCAGGUACAAUGCACUUCUUUAAGACGUUCAACACCUGCAUUGAACUCAAGUUGUAUAUUUUAAGGAUUGCCAAAGAUGACACAAGCUUAGACUGUGUUAAAACCAUAUCAACACUUAAGGGGUUGGAAGCUCUUUCUUGGAAGCUUCUCCUGGAAAAACCAAUUCAACUUGCACAGAUUUCCUUGAAGAAGUAUUUCAAAAGAGAGGAUGAACAAAUGGAAAAUCUAAUGAAAGAGAUUACAUUUAUUUUCCAAGACCUUCCCAAAGACAAGGAUACGCAAAAGACUGUGAUUAACAAAGCCUAUCAGUGCAUCACACUUCUGUACCUCCAACACCUGGUGCAGAGUAACCAUGGGAAGCUGGUGAAGAGAUGGGAUUAUGUGAACAAAAGAGUGAUGCAUGAUGCCGAGCUCCUUCACUCCAUCUUCUCAGUCCUGAAUCCUGAUGUUAAACAGUGGAACAUCAUACUAAUUAAAGUGAGAGAAGUGCUGGAGUGCAGCGACAUUGAAAGUCUCAAGAUAAUAGUCAGUGAGAUACUGAGGGACAACGCCAAUACAAGUGCUGCUGAGCACCUUCCAGCCCUGCUGCGCUGGAAGGGAGGCCUGUCAUGGAGACUGACCCGGGAGGUUCUGGAGGCAAGCCAGGAAGUGUACUCCAUUGACCUCUCCCAAACCAGGUCUGCACCCUGGUUUGACUGCCUUCUUUGCUGCUGAGUGUGUGAACUGGGACGUUUCAGACAAAGGACAAUAACGACCCCACUCUAACAACAUGACCCUCAAGUUCUCAACCGACAACACAAUAUUUGGAACUAUGUUUACAUGUCUUUGUCAACUAUUUUAAAGGUAUUCUAUGGCAAGUUAUUAUUUAAUGUCUUA